AUGUCCUUAUCUAAAGAGCACCAGACGGUGUCCCCCGCCGCCAGCCGCCAGCCGAAAUGCACCCGGUGCCGACACCAUGGGAUCAUCGUCCCGCAGAAAGGCCAUGUGAAGUCCUGCCCUUUUCUCAAAUGUGACUGCUGGAAGUGCUGCCUCAUCACGCAGAGGACCAGGAUCACCGCCGUCCAGAGAAAUCUGAAGAAAGUCCCGGAUAAAGAGCAGCGACCCAGUGUGGUGAAACGGCAGGCUGAGGGGAGGCUUAUCAACUCGGGCCAGGAAGGAAGCGCUCGCCCGUCUGGCACCUACGGACAAAUGUGUCCCCCAUCGGACGGGACCCCGGAGCCAACCGCCAGCACUGCCUGGAGCCCUUAUGACCCCCGAAGCAUAGCUGUCGGGGGAGGGGAGGGUGUGUCCGGUGUGGACAGCAGGAAGGUGCUGGCCUUGGCUUCCAGGGAGGAAGGACUAUGUCCACCUUUUGAUGGUCCUUACUUCGAUGAGCUUGGUCAGACUGUGCCUAUGAGCCACUUCCCCUUCAGGAUGUCCACUCCUUUCCCCGGCAGAUAUGCUCCAUGUCCAAGCCUCCUCUUCAAUAUGACAUGGCUGCCCCCCAUGCCUGAUGGGCUUUACAACGAUGGCAUGCGGGGACCCCCCAUGUUGUUCCCCUACUUCCCGCCUGGCGCUGUGCACUAUCCCCCUCCAGCAGAGCCCGGGCCUGCUGCUGAUUGCAGACAGGUCUUCUUCACUCUUCAAACCCCCCCCACUGCUAGAGAUGUUCCAGGAGGGGCUGAUGUCCAGGCAGCGCCCACAGCCUCCUCUGUCCAAACACACGGAGCAGCACGGUAUUAAAGCACAGACAGAGAGAUAAAGGUGGACAAUUUGACAAGUAUCAGUAUUUUCAUCCUUGUUUUUUGCCAAGCACAUAUUGGUUGACUGCAGUUCUGUUCAGAUUGCUGGCAUGAAUGUAACUGCACCCUGUUGUUUGUGAUAUAUUAAUAUUAUUUUUGUUGAAAAAAAGCACAAA